UUCUUCUUGUCUGCUCUUUCCAACUUCCCUUCAGCAGAAGCCAUAGUCAGAAAACCCCUUCUUUUCUCUUUGAAAAAUGUGGGCAAGCUCAGAGGGAGGUCUGCCAGAAGUUACUCUAGAAACCUCCAUGUCUUCUUUCACUGUUGAGCUAUAUUACAAGCAUGCACCAAGAACUUGUAGGAACUUCAUUGAACUUUCCAGGAGAGGUUAUUAUGAUAGUGUCAAAUUCCACAGAAUUAUCAAGGAUUUUAUAGUUCAGGGUGGAGAUCCAACAGGGACUGCAAAAGGUGAAGAAUCUAUUUAUGGUCCUGUAUUUGAUGAUAAGACAAGGUCUGAGUUAAAGCAUACCGGAGCUGGUAUUUUAUCUAUGGCUAAUGCUGGUCCAAAUACAAAUGGAAGUAAACACAGGAUAUUUGGAAGAGUAUGUCGUGGAAUGGAAAUUAUCAAGAGGCUAGGUAAUGUCCAAACUGACAGCAAUGACAGGCCCAUUCAUGAUGGGAAGAUAUUAAGGAGUUCUGUCAAAGACUAGCACCAGAAUUGCAAUAAUGCAAAUUCUAAUGCUCAGGAAUGCUUUUCUUUUCCCUGACUAUUCGCAAAUAUGUUAUACAUUUAUUAGAGCUAUUUUUAGCUUAAAGGAGUAAAACAAUGAAGAAGGAAUUAACGACAUUUCUUUGUAUUGCACUUCUGACUAUGUGUUUUUUGCCCACAAGAGGAGUUUGUUUAUGCUUGGAUUCCAAACUAUAGGAGGUCUAUAUUAAUGGCUACCCCUUUUCCAUAGACCCCAAAAACGUAGGUAAUAACUGCUGAGGCAAAUUUGCAUCGACGGCUAUCUCUUUUUCAUAGCAAGGCAAGUGCAAUAUUAUGGUUAAUAGCUAGAAUAG